AUGAAGCUCACUCGGGCUCUCCCGAAGGUGCUGGCACCACUGCUCUCCAGCCAACUCAUCAACUCCUUGGAAACCACUUUUCUUCAGAAACCCCUGAUCCCGCAAUCCCUCCCAAGCUCGCUUCUGCCUCUGUCCGACCAUCCAACCAACUCUUCAAGCUUCUAUCCACUUCUACCGCCCGCGAUUCCGCUCGCGGUCAAAUCACCCUAUCUUUCGGCAUGGCUUGCGACGGGGCAGGAGGGUGGUAAUGGCGGGUAUCUUGCUGGCCGUUGGGCCCAGCUCUGGCCGAUCCAAUUCCCGCAGAACCCGUUUGCAUACAGGCUAGGAUGGGCAGGGUUGAUCCAAGUCAACGGGGAAACGUACGAGUUCAUGGGGCGGCCGAACGAGGACUUCAUCGGAAACCGACACCGCCGGGCUGUCCAACGAGGCUUCCGAUACACCUCCAGCCGAAGCAUCUUCGAAUUCGAUGCCGGCGGCCUUCGCUUCCUCGUCACUUUCCUCAGCCCAAUCGGCCCGGAGGGCGACCUCGUUCGACAGAGCCUGCCCUUUAGCUAUCUGACGAUCGAACUCAUCGAGGAGACUCUCAGGGACACCGAUCAAGUCUCGGUUUAUACUGACAUCCAGGCCGAUUGGGCAUCGGGUGACCAUAACGUUAACGCGACUUGGUCCAUCGAUCACUUCGAUCAAUCGGUUACCUACAAGCUUGGCCGUCAAGAACAACUAACCUUCGCUGAGCAAUUCGAAUAUGCUGAGUGGGGUCAAGUAAUCUAUGCUACCGAAAAAGUGCCAGGCCUGACUACUGCAUCUGGCGUAGCGUCUCAACUUCGAUCCCAUUUUGUGAGCCACGGCAAGCUAAAUGGGGAUCAAGACGAAGACUACCGCAAGAUUUCUGAUCAGACCGCUGGUCUAGCAUAUUCGGUCCCACUAAGUCGACAUAGCAAAUCUGCCGUCUUCGUGAUCGGUCACAUCCGAGAUCCAUACGUGCAAUCGAUCGAGAACCAUAAAGGACGCCAUCGAGAGGGCAAGCUGAGCGAAAAAUGGGGCUACUGGAGAAGUGUGUUCAACCUGACCGACGAGGCGAUCAAAUUCUCCCUGAAGGAUUAUCCUACAGCCGUCCAAACCGCAGACUUCAUUGACAAGAAGAUCGAAGACGAUGCUCGCAGAGUAGGAGGCGAAGAUUAUGUGGCCAUCGCGAGUCUUAGCGCGCGCCAGGCCUUAGGUGGAAUCGAAAUCACAAUCGGCAAAGACGAGCAUGGGAACUACGACCCCACUGACGUGGCCGCUUUCCUCAAAGAAAUCUCGAGCAAUGGCGACAUGAGUACUGUCGAUGUCAUCUUUCCCCAAUUCCCAGUGCUCGCUUAUCUCGACCCUCAAUUGUUGAAAUUGUUACUGGAGCCCAUUUUCAAGUAUAGUACAAGCGGUUUAUACCCGAACAGAUGGACGGUUCAUGAUUUAGGUCGAUAUCCCAAUGCGACGGGACAUAAUGAUGGUAAAGAUGAACCGAUGCCAGUGGAAGAAGCAGGAAACAUCUUGAUAAUGUCGCUCGCAUAUCACCAACUGGCGAAGGAUGACGAAUGGCUUGCCAAGCACUAUGUGAUACUGAAGCAGUGGGCUGGGUUUCUAGUGGAUGACGGGCUGAUCCCCGCCAAGCAGCUGUCGACGGACGACUUUGCAGGGACGUUAGCCAACCAGACCAACCUGGCUUUGAAGGCGAUCGUUGGGAUCGGCGCGAUGGCCCAAAUCGCUUGCACGAGCGGCUACAAGGAAGAAGGCAGUAGCUUCAGGACCAUCGCAGAGAAGUUUGUCGACCAGUGGAUCGGCUUCUCUCUCAACGAGAGUGGCAAUCACACCAAACUGGCCUACCAACUCAAAGACUCCUGGGGAACGCUGUAUAAUCUGUUCGGAGAUCGACUCUUGAAUUUGAAAUUGGUUCCCGAGCGAAUCUACCGCAUCCAAGAUGAUUACUAUCCACACGUUGCGAACCAAUUUGGAGUUCCAUUAGACAGUCGGCAUACCUGGGCCAAAACCGAUUGGCAAAUGUUUGCCGCUGGCGCCGCUAUCACUAUCCAAACACGAGAUCUCUUUCUCAACAAAUUGGUAACUUACCUUAAGGCCAAUAAAGUCAAUGCUGGAUUUCCCGACCUUUAUGAAACUGAAACAGCCGAAUUUCCUGGACGAUCGAAGACUUCAACAUGGAGGAUCGAAUUCAUCAAUCGACCGGUCUCAGGGGGACAUUUCUCGAUCUUGGCUCUGGACAAGUUGAACAAGGCUAACGGCGUGACUGAGUUCCCGUUCCGCAACCGACAUCGGCAAUCUAACCAAGCCACCUCUGCCAUCCAGCCCGGCCAUCGCCUUGAAACCUUGGCGAAACUUGGGAUCUCUUGGGGCGCCGUGAUGGCCUUCCAUCAGCUCUUCCUCACUUGA